UUAUUAUUGGUCUGUAUUUUACAGGUUUAUGACUCUACUGUAUUAGCAAUUGAUAAAAAUAAUAGAUCCGAUAAAUUGGUGGUUCAGGCAAACAAUGAAUUUUCAUUCAAGAUAUACAAAAUGUUGGCCAAAGAUAACAAUGACAUUAUCUCAUCGUUUUCAAUAAUAUCGGCGUUAAGUAUACUAUUGAACGGUGCAAAUGGCCAAACAUUGAAUGACUUGAAAUCAUUUCUUACAUUUCUUAACAAACAAUCAAAUCAAUUAUUAAGUAAUAAAAUUAUUGACAACGGAUUUGAAACAAUUAAUACAAUCUAUGAAAACAAAAGUAUAGCCUAUCAAAAGUAUUUAACCCAAACUAAUGAAGACAAUCGUGAUGUUAAACACGAGUUGAAUGUCGCAAAUCUGGUCGUACGUAAUGAUAGUCUAGUACUGAAAAAAGUUUUUGUUGACGCAAUACAACAGGCCUUUAGAGCUGAGGUAGAUAUGGCUGACUUCAAGAAUAAUGCGGUGAAAGAAACGGAUAAACUUAAUCAAUGGGUUCGCAAUCACACCAACAAUAAAAUACAGAAAAUUUUUGACAAAAUCAGUGAACAAACAACUCUUAUUAUAAUGAAUGCCAUCUAUUUUAAAGGCAAUUGGGUGAACAAGUUCUCUGAUAAAAACACUAAAAAGUCUAACUUUUAUAAUAACGGCCAAACAAAUAGUGUUAAAUCAGUGGACACAAUGCAAACAACUGCUUAUUACAGAUAUGUCGACUCUAAAGAGCUUAACUCACAACUAAUUGAAUUGUCUUAUUUGGGAAAUGAAAUCAGUUUUUUCAUAGUAUUGCCUAAAAUCAGGAACGGAUUGUCGACAUUGAAGACAACAAUUAAUGCCAUAAACUUUGAAAAGUCAAUCAAAUCAAUGACCGAAACAUAUGUUAGUCUUUUAUUACCGAAGUUUAAGUCAGAGAAAGAAUACGAUUUGAUGCAAGACGUGAAUCCAAAGCCAAUUGUAUUGACCGAUAGGGCAGACUUAUCACGACUGUCCACUACGAGUCAGAUUGUAUCGCAAAUCAAACACAAAACUUAUAUCGCAAUCGACGAAAAUGGUACCGAAGCGGCAGCCGUUACGGCUAUUAAUCUGGUACUUACUUCUAUUGUAGAACCUAUUGUGCCCCCGAAACCCAUUGAAUUUAAAGCUGACCACCCGUUUCUCUACUAUAUAAUUGACAAAACUAAUGGCAUGAUUUUGUUUUCCGGACAAAUCAAUAAAUUUUAA